AACUCCCUUGAUCUCAAUGUCUCUAUCACAAGUGUGCCACUUCAUCUAGAUUUUUCUCCUUGGUGUGUGUUGCUUCAUGCAUCCUACUUCCUCACCACCAAACCCCUGAGCCUGCAUUGCUCCUUGAAGCUGUUUCUGCUCUGGUUCAUUCUCUGGUACCCCGAUGGCAGCAAGCAUUCACAUCAGUGGCCCCAGUUGCAUUUGGUCACCCCUCAGCGUGCCUUUCCAGCCCUGAAAAGGAGGGAGGGGAUAGCAGUACAUCCUUUUUCCUGUUGUUUUUUUUUUGUUUGCCUGUUGGUUGUCUUUCGCAAUGUGUAAGUACAGCAGAUAGCAUCAUGGGGGCCUUGGUGUGAUUCACAUUUGUCGUCUGCCCGAAGUAAUUCAGCUCCUUGCUUCACGGGGACCUUGGUGUGAUUCAUGUUUGUAGGUUGCUCUGAGUAGUUCAGUUCUGUGCUUCACGGAUGAGGAGAGGGGGCAGUCCUGUAGAGUGCACUUCUCAAGUAAUCCAAUGGCAGUUUUUUCAGUUGUAGGGCUCAUUCUCAAGCCUGUUCUUUUAUUUGGCAACAGUAGAGGUGGUACUCUGGGCAAGCCAACAUGCAGUGGGUGGGCGUGUGGGUGGUUUGCAGGGAUGUGGGUGCUGACACCCAAGCAGAUCUCACUUGUGUUUGCCCUCUGUGGCUUCAUCAGUGGUUGGUUUUGUUGGUUCUUCUGCGCCAGGGUUCAGUAAGGGCUUGGAUUGGGUGUUGUCAGCCAGUUUUUGGAAAAGAUUCUCCAAGUCAUAGCAUCACAGAAUGGUUUGGGUUAGAAGGGACCCUAAACCCAUCCAAUCCCAACCCUCUUGGCUGGCUGCCCAGCCUUGGGCACCUCCAGGAGUGAGGCAUCCACAGCUUCUAUGGGCAGUGUGUACCACGGCUUCACUGCCCUUACAUUGCUUCUCUGCUGUCGAGGCUCCCUGGAGGUGAGGAUUUGCAGCCCAAGGAGCGAAGGUCAGUCAUGGUCCCCGCUGUGGCACGAAGCACUGUUACUACUUGGGGUAAAAGCAGCUUUCAUGCUUGCUCAGCGGGACAGGAACCCGUGGCUCUGUAAGGAAAUAAUGUGGUGCCGGGGUGUUUGCAUGGUACGCUGUCCUUUGCAAGCACCCUAAAAGGAUGUUUGUCAAACCAGUUGCCUCCUGGAUCUUCUGAUAUGCUUGCUGCCUUUGUGCAGUUUGAACAAGCAUCUUAUCGCCUUCAUCUUGUUGCACUUUGAUGCACAGUGCUCGCUUGAGCAGUAAAUACAUGAUGGUUGAAGUCUGAAUCUUAAAACUCGCAGGUUCCUCCCCUCUUUGCCCUGAUUUCUACAAAGACUUCCUCCAGCUGCUCCCUCUCUCUGCUCUGAGCUUCUAUCUUUGGUUCCUGUGCAUGCUGUAGAAGUGGCAAUAAAAUCUUGCAAGCUAAGGAUAGUUAAAACCAAGAGCUCAAUGUAAUCUAAGAAAAGCAGACAUUUUUGUUGGUGGAGCAGAUACCACGCGUACACCAGCUGCUGUGCUGCACUGGGGAUGCAGCUCCCAGGGCUGCCGUGCAGCUCUGCUCCUGCUGCACCCUCCAAGGAGGCAGCAAGCUGAAGCGUUGCUUGAGGGAUAUGGCCUUUCCCAAAAAAUAGCUCUGCUUGGAACCCAGCUGCUUUAAUUCACAAUUGAGUGGUUUUCCUUCUAUUGCAGCAUCAGCCCAAGCUCCUUUUUCCUUUAUCCUCAUCAAAAUUGUUGCCCUUUUGUCCCUGGUGCCCUAAGCCCUGCUGCAGCAGCAAGCCAAGUGCUGAGGUCCCUCACUGUGUUAACCCAUGGGUCAGCAUCUUUGCGAGGCAACCCACGUCUGUCCUUCCACUCACUGCCACUGUCCGUGGACCUGGGCAGCGUGUUCAUGAGCUGCUCCUGUGGGUCAAGCACUUGUUUUUCCUUCCUGUUUCCUGCUUGGGAUGCUCGGCUAGUGGCCUCAAAGCAAUCAGGGCAGGAAAGGGAGUUAUCCCUCUGUGAAGGGACCCAGGGGCUUUCUCUGGCAGAGCGGGGCCGUGCUUCCCGGUUCAGGUUUCCUUGCAGGAAGGUGGAGGACUUCCAGCCAGGUCCUUUGCUGCCACUGGAUUUGCUCUUGUGGAAGGGGAGAUCUCAACUUAUUUGGUGGCUGCCUGCAUUUCUCCUCUUUGGGGAGGUGGCUGGGAGCCAGCAGGACGCUGGCUGCGGUGGUGCUUCCAAGAGCAUUGGGGUGGGCAGGCAGGGGUCUGCUGGGGUCGGCAGUGCCCGGUGUCCCCACAGGAGGUGGUCUAAUUCUCUUCACUCCUUGGCAAGACCAACACUGGAAUUAGUCUUUGAACAUUCUCCUUCUGUUCCCAUCUAAUAGUGGCGUCCUGGGCUCCACCACAACGGAAGGAAAUGAGGGAGGUUCUUUGGAUGACGGAGUUAGGGCUCAUAUGGACCUUAAUGCAAUAAGGUGCAUCUCCCAAGCAGCUGUGUGCCUUCCCAAGUCACUCUCACACCUGCCCUGUCCCCACCACGUGGGAGCUGCUGGUGGCCUCGCUCAUCUCCUUGGCUUGGCUGCUGUAUGCAGAGGGGCAGCAGCACUUGGGCACCAAGGGCCUCAGGUCUCCUUUGCUCUAACCCAGAGCUGGAGGAAAGCUGAGAAAAGGAAAAGUUUGAGGGCAGCAAAGGCAGGCAGGGUUACCACAGCCUGUCCCAGCUGAGUGGAAAACGUGUGUCAUGGAGCUGUGAGUGCCUGAGGGCCCUCUGUGGCCUCAGGCUUCAUAGGCCGGCAGGAGAAUCCAUAGAUAAAUGGAAUUAUUUUUUUCAUAUGCUUUGAAAAAUCAGGAUUUUGGCAAACUUUCUGCCUCAAAGCAGGGCAACAACUGAAACACAAAGAACAACAAUCAGCAAAUCCCCUCUUUCUGCCAAGGGGUGAAUGUUUACCUAUGCAGUGCUGAUUAACAGGAAGAACAUGAUUGAUCUGCUCAUUUUUAACUGUGACACACAGUGGAAGCAAUCUCACUUGGAAACCUCUUGCAUCCAUUUGGGUUGCUGCGACAAUUUCACAAACACCUCAGGAUCCUUCGCCCUGUGCUUGUGACAUUGCCCAAACUGUUGACCAUUUGUCCAAAGCAGGACAAAGCCAUGAAGCAAGCUGCUUUCAAGAAUGCUGUGUUCCGAAGGAAACCAGAGGGCUUCAGUGUUGUCACAGCAGUAAUGUUGCCGGUGUGACGCAAGGCUGACGGAGCAAACUGUUCUCUUGUCCCGAGGUCCUGUGCCCAGAUCCACGCCAUAGUUCCUGGUUCUGCUCUUGGUCUGUGUCUGUUCCUCCUGCCCCCUGCUCUGGGGCAGUGAUGGAGAAGGAGGUGUUUCCAUGGGCAUUGAGGAGCAGAUGUUUGUCUGCUAAGCAGCCACGUGUAUGGGCUGGGCUGUGGGAGGCAGAGAGGGCUCCAAGUGGAUGAGGUCUAACUGACUUCUGUGAAGAAUUCUAACCCCUUCGGACUACUGAUGUUGCAGGGGGAUGUUAUGGAGGAUGAGGAGAGCUGAAGGUUUGCCUCCUCCUCCCAGCAGUGCCACAAGUACAGCAGAAAAACUGCUUAACAUUUCCAAGCAUUUACUUCUCUAUCUCUCAAGCGGUGACGACAUGGCUUGCACAGUGUGCACUGUUACUGCUGGAGAAGGGAAAGCACUGUCAUCUUAGGGACAUCCAGGGCUUGAAUUCCCAUAGCUGAUGUUGUAGGGCUGGGGUCCAACCCGUGAGCACGGAGCAAGAAGGCAGGGAAACCCACCGCUUCUGCAAUGUGCUGCUCUGCUUAGACGUGAGCCAGGUGACCACCAGCCUUGGUGACGAGGGUUUUGGGGCACCCCGGGCAUGAUGCAAAACGUGACCACAGCUUGCACCUCGCAGCGUCUGUGCCAUCCCUUCCAAGCACCUCGCACCGACCAGCCGGCCUGCAGGGAGGGCCAAGAUCCACCAGCUCGGCUGCUGGGAGUCCAGAUGGAGGAGGAGGGACAGGACAGAUUUCUGUUCUUGUUUUUUUUCUCUUAUCAAUGCUUACCCACUCUCCCAUCGAUCGGAACCCUUGACCUUAACCCUAGUUUUCUCCCAGCUCUGUGGGAAGUCCGAUUACGUCCAGAACUGUCCCCUGCCUCGUGUCAUUUUGCUCAGUGUGGGUGGAAAGGAAGGGAGAGUUUGGGGAAUAAACAGCAGAAGAGGUUGAAAAGUUCCCUCUUGCUUGCGGUGGACACGGAGUGCUCUCCCAUGAAAGAUGCCUCUGUAAGCACCCCGUGGCUUAGAUCCUUGUGUGGUCCAUAGCACACCAGGGAGAAGAAAACAAAGGCUCUGUGUUUUCUCUGGUUUAGAACUUAAUGAUAAAAUCUUUGUCAUCUUUUGUCCUUACGUUCCCUGCCUGCUCUGCGCUGAGGCAUCGGGAAGGGGCGGCUGGGCUGGUGCAGGGCUCACCUCAUCACCUCUCCCCUCCGAGAGCCGAGCUGUGCUCUGGAGCAAGCUGACGUGCAGGAGGUGUAUUUCUGUGAGCCGGGCGCUGGAACGGUGCUCGUGAGUCACGCCGUGCUCUUAGUCACUGCUUUCACCACAAGUCAUGACUAAGGUGCCGUGCAGCUCCGCUCUCAUUCAGUCCCCGGCACCGCGGCAGAGCGCUUCGCGGGCGUUCCUCACACCGUGGAUGUGCAAAACUUUACAAGAUGUAAUAACGGGCUGCGGCAGCGGCAGGCGAGGCAGGAGCCUGGGAGCAUUCUCAGGGCAAAGGAGAGAUCUCCCGUGCAGCAGGAGAUGAAUUAAAAUGCAGCACACCACGUGCACAGAGGACAGGAUCUACCACGCACUGGAGAGAUGUCUGCACGGGCUUAGCAGAGAUGCUGUCUCCAGCAGAUGGGCUGCAGGGCUGUGCCUGAACUGCUGGAGCCUGCAGGAGCUGGUGAGCAGGGAUGCUGGCAACUACCUCAUCCUGGUGGAGAAAAUCCUCGGCAAGACCAGAGAGGUGCAGGAGAAGUGUGACUACGACCUGGUGAUGCCCCUGGCCCUGCUUUUCUACUAUGCUGUCCUCUAUGCUCCCCACAUCCCGCCGGACUCUGAGCUGCUCCUGAAAGCUGCCAGCAUCUACCACAGCUUCCUCACCUGGCCCGUGCCCUACUGUGAUGUAUUCCGUGAGCUGCUCACCUUCAUCAGUGACGAGCUCAAGGCGCCAGGGAUUUCCUUCCAGAGGUUGGUGAGGACGGAGCAGGGGCUGCCUGUGAAGAACUACCAGAGCUCCACUGUGACGGUGCUGCUGCUGAACCGCUCCGAGGUGCAGAGCGAGUUCCUCUCCAUCGCGGAGAAGCUGAGCGGCACGGAGCCCCCGCGGCACGCCGCGCUCAUCCUGCUGCUGGAGCACCUCUACCAGGUCACCUUCGGCACCCGCUGCGACCUGGGCAGCCUGCACCACCUCCUGAAGGCCAAGACCUUGGAAGAGCUCUCUGAGAUCUACGCCAGCGCUGCUGAAGCUCAGGAGGUGGCGGCUGCCAGCAGUGACCCCGUGCUGGCCCGGGAGCGGCUGCAGGGCGUUCUGCAGGACAUCGCCGGGGCAGCUGCGCUUCCUGCCAUCGCGGGAGAUGCGCAGCCCCGCAGGCUCCAGCCCAUCCCCAUCCCUACUUCUCGCUGCUACACUUACAGCUGGGACCAGGAUAACUUCGAUGUCCUCAAUGAUGUCCUCAGCAAGGAGUGCAGCGUUGUUGAGCCUGCGGCCUCAGAGAAUGAGGAAGACGAGGAGGAGGAGGAGGAGGAGGAUGUGGAAACAGAUGGCUGCUCCCCAGAGCGGGACUCGCUGCUGUCCCCCAUCUCCUCCAUUUCCAAAGACUCCGUGUACUCGGCGCUGUCGGAAGAGGCACCCAAGCACUCGCGCGUGUCCCUCUUCACCAGCUCCAAGGACUCCAUCUCGGAGCUGACGGUGGUCUCCAAAAAAUCCUUGCGGUCCUUCGUCUCCAGCCUGAAGGACUGCAUGGACAGCGGGUACGCAGAGGACAGCGACGAGAGCUCUCUGGACAUGCUCGGGCGGCCGGAGCUGAAGGUGGAGAAGACCCACCACAAAUACCGACACACGCUGACCAACAAGAUCUACAAACUUUUCAAAAGCAAAAGCCAGCUGGUCUUGAGGAGAGACCUGAAGGACUGCCCGGACACGGGCUCGCUCCCGCUGCGCCGCGCCGAGAGCCUGUGCCACCCCCAGGCCAAGCCCCGCAUACCAGCACGCUCCCGGCGCGCUCACUCGCUGCCGCAGCACGGGCUGGGCCAGCGGCUGCAGACCCCACAGACCCCGCGGCUGCUCAGCCUGCCCCGCCGGCCCUUCCUCAGCUACGACGAGGAUGCCAAGGUGUCCACCAUGCGCGUGGUGGUCUUCGGCUCCGACCGCAUCUCAGGGAAAGUGGCCCGAGCCUACAGCAACCUGAGGCUGAAGGAGAGCACCUGCCCCACACUGACAAGGUACUUCAAGCUGCAGUUUUUCUACGUCCCCGUGAAGAGGAGCUGCCUGCUUCCAGCAGCCCUGCUGACGCACCCUCCCCCAUCCCCAAGCGACCUGCAGCUCCGUGCCUCGGCACAGGCGGAGCCCGCCUUGGCUGGGGUGGAGAGCAGCACCAACGACGUCUCCCACUACAUCGGCAUGUUGGACCCAUGGUACGAGCGGAACGUCCUGGGGCUAAUGAACCUGCCCAUGGAUGUCCUUUGUCAGUCUGCCAAGCCUGAGGCUGAGCCCCAGGAGGACUCCCGGGAGCAGCUGCCCAUCCUGGCCGACAUGAUCCUCUACUACUGCCGCUUUGCCACACGCCCCGUCCUGCUGCAGCUCUACCAGACCGAGCUCACCUUCAUAGGGGGGGAGAAGAUGACCGAAGUCUUCAUCCACUCCCUGGAGCUGGGCCACUCGGCGGCCACGCGGGCCAUCAAGGCGUCAGGUCCGGGCAGCAAAAGGCUGGGGAUAGAUGGAGACAGAGAAGCAAUCCCACUAACACUACAGAUCGCCUACAGCAAGACAGCCAUCAGCGGACGAAGUCAGUGGAACGACGUUGAGAAGGUCUGCACGUCUGUCAACCUCAGCAAAGCCUGCAAGAAGUACGAAGAGCUAGCCUCAAAGACAGAAUGUCUCAACUUGACCAUGACGGAGGUGGUUAAAAGGCAAAACUCCAAAUCAAAAAAAAGUUUCAAUCAGCAGCUCAGCGUGUCCCAGAUCAAGGUAGACAAGGUCCAGAUUAUUGGUGUCCAGUCCUCCUUCGCCGUGUGCCUGGAUCAGGAUGAGCAGAAGAUCCUGCAGAGUGUAACCAGGUGUGAGAUCUCUGUGUGCUAUAGACCCAGGGACAGUGAUCCCCUUGCACUGAGAAGGUCCUCCUUGACUCCCCAGGACCCCCCCGAGUUUCAUUCUCUCCUGUGUUUACCCAUUUCCACCUUCAGUGGAGCACUGCCGUAGAAGAACCCUGUGCCCUCAUCGAACCGGACGUGCAUCCAACACCAGAAUGAAGCUGUCCUGCUGGAAACCAGCCGCUCUUGUCCAAGACAUGCUGAGGUCUGAAGCCGUAGUGUGGUGAUUGAACGGCUCCUGAUCUGAGCCCAGCCCAUCCUUGGGAAAUGACGUUAGUGUCAGGCUCUGGUACUUCUCAAGAUUCCCUGGGGGGAAAGUGAGAUCUCCGCCUGGUUCAGCAGGCUGCCAGCACCUGAGUUGAGAGGACAAGGCAAGGACAGCGACAUUUUCCUGCCAGCAAAUGGUGCUGUGGCUGUACUUAGUGACUGCAAAGCCCAUGUGAUGCUGGGGAGGAUGCAUUCUGGAGAGUGAAUGUCUUUGGCUGGGUGGUGCUAGGUGGAGCUCACACAUGUGGAGUUGAAAGCCACCAAACCAAUGUUCUGAUGAUGUGUCACUUGCGACAAGCCAGCGAUGCUGGGGAUACUUCUCUGGGGACAGGGACAGGCUUUCUCAGGGUUUGCUUUAAAUUAUGAGAGGUGGGUGUCUUGCAGAGAAACAGCACAAUGCAGAAUGACCCAGCUGGGGCCCAGAAAAAGCCCAGCAUCAGUCUUUGUGUUCCAGUGAAUCCAGUGCAAUAGGCCAUACCAGGGUGUGGGCAGCCCGUCACACAUUUGUGUUGACUGUAAAUCCAGGACCUGCCGGAGAUAACCUUCCAAUUUCUGCAGAGUUUCAGAGUUCAUCCAGGAGGGAGAUGCAAUUGCUGUUCAGCCAAUGUUCUCGCAUCCUGCUCACCAGUGCCUGAGUGCUAGAGACAUCCCAGAGGCUGAAUGCUCAGUAGUUGCUUGAGUCGGAGCAGGAACCAUGCUGUACUCAUAGGAGAGAGGGAAGUACUGGGUAAACUGCUAGGACUGCCUUGCCUCACCUCAGGGUGUGGCUUUGGUAGAGAAGGACCCAGCACCAAUAACACUAGUGAUGCCUGCAGGCAGCGACAGGCUUUGAGAUCCCCUCUCCCCUGCAAAGAGAGGUUUCCCUCCCUCUUCCUUCUCUCUGUGAGGCCUUGGGUACAGAACGUUGCAAUAGUUGGGUGCAUUUAAAAGUAUUAUGACCCCAGGAACAAUAAAUGAGGCUGGAAAUGCCUUGCUUGGUUUCAUAGCCCUCAAGUUGUUUCUCGUUAGCUGGUGGUUGCACAAAGGAUAGCUGGCAGAACAGCAUGCUGCUGCCUGCUGCAGGCUAAGAGUAUGCCAACACCAAGGAUGUGCUCCCUGGGCAGCAUCUGGAAGGGACCUCCAUCCUGCUGAGGCUGCAGGGCUUGGCCACAGUGAGCUCCGCUCCAUCUGGGCCCCUGCUCCUCCAGCAAAUGGGGCUUGGUCCGCUCUCGGCACUAAUUGGAAUGAGACUGGGCUCCAUCCCAAGGGCUGCGGGCACAGCAGCUGUGUUCCCCUUGAUGGUGACACUGGAGGAAGCACUUCAGUAUUUUACGUCCAACGGGCUCAAAGGACCAGGAGCAGAUUUUUAAAAAGUUUUCCCAUUGACUUUUCCCAUUUCCCAGACAGGUUUGUGUGCGUUGUCUCAAAUGGGGCUGAAAUUUGACAGCUGUUUUUUUUCUUUAAUUGUUGUUCAAUUCAUUAAAAUAGCACCUUAUCCUGUCAAAACAGGGCUAUUUGUGAUCCCUGUAUCCGUGGCUAAAUAUAUCCCUGCCGCUGCUGGUGGUGUGAAGCUCUUUGGUCUCAGCUGGCCCUACAGGGCUGCAGGAGAAGAGUUUCCACGCUGGGGAGGAAAAACAAGCACACACUCCAGGGACUCGUAAUCCUGGCUCAUUUUUGACCUCUGAUGUUUUCUGGAAAUGAAAAGAAGGAAGUGGAAGGUUCCUUCAGGCCGUCCUUGUACAUAUGUGCAGCCUUACCAAAUCUGUGUCACGUUUGUGCUGAUCUGUAACAUAGCGUUCAAAGAACUUCUGAAGUAACUGUAAGAUAUUAAAGGCGGAUUUAUUUCGAGUACGA